AUGUUCACUUUGAUUUUCCUCUUCCUUCUCCUGAAUAUUCCACUUCUUAUGCCCAGGUUCAUUUAUCCCACGUGCUUUUGGAGAAUGAAGCAGAAUAAUGACAAAGAUGCAGACUUGGUAAAAGAUUGUACCUUCAUCCUUACAAGUGUGCAGUGGCCUGUGGAGAGAGAUUACUUCAACAACAUUCUGAAUAUGCAACCAACUGAAAACAACCAGUUUGCAUUGGCCUUAGCUUUUUCCAUCAAUGAAAUCAACAGGAACCCUGAUCUUUUACCAAAUAUAUCAUUAGUUUUUCAAUUCCCACAAGGUGGUUGUAAGAAUAUGUCACAAUUACACCGUCGCUUGUAUUUUUCUGAAGAAAAUAAUAAUGAUAUUCUUCCUAAUUAUAUCUGUAAUGAAGAUACUACAUGUAUAGUGUUGCUUACAGGACCAAACUGGGAAACAUCUGCAAUGGUUGGGACACUCAUAAAUCUCUACAUAUCUCAACAGUUACUUCAGCUUACCUAUGGACCUUUCCAUCCCUUCCUGAGCAAUCGUGAACAGUUUCCCUUUCUGUAUCAGAUGGCUCCCAAGGACACAUCACUAGCCUUGGGCAUGGUCUCUUUGAUGCUUCACUUUAACUGGAACUGGAUUGGAGUGGCCAUCUCAGACAAUGAUCAGGGUACCCAAUUUCUCUCACAUUUGAGGAGAGAGAUGGAACAAAACAAAAUAUGCUUUGCCUUUUUGAAUAUGAUCCCAGUUGAGAUGCAUUUAUUCAGGGCAAGAGCUGAAGUGUAUUAUAACCAAAUAAUGACAUCAUCCACAAAUGUAGUUAUCAUUUAUGGUGACACAGACAGCACUCUAGCUGUGGGCUUUAAAAGGUGGAAAUCUCUAGGUAUACAGAGACUAUGGAUCGCUACCUCACAGUGGGAUGAUACUACAAUUAAGGCAGACUUUACACUUAAUUCAACCUAUGGGACACUAGCUUUUGCACACCAUCAUGCUGAAAUUUCUCAUUUUAAAAGUUUUGUUCAGACAUUGAACCCUCUCAAAUACUCAAAUGAAUACCUGGCAAGACUGGAGUGGAUGAAGUUAAACUGUGACAUCUCUGCUUCUAAAUGUAAGACCCUGAAGAAUUGCAUAUCCAAUACCUCAGUGCAAUGGUUAAAGGUACAAAGUUUAGACAUGGCCUUUAGCGAUAACAGUUAUGACAUAUAUAAUGCUGUAUAUACUGUGGCCCAUGCCCUUCAUGAGAUGAUUCUUCAAGUAUAUAACCAACCAAUGGAUAAUGGGAAAGAAUAUUAUGAUCACUGCUUGAAGCUGAACUCCUUUCUGAGGAAAACCCACUUCAUUAAUCCUGUUGGGGAGAGAGUGAAUAUGAACCAGAAAGAAAAAUUGCAGGAAGAGUAUGAUAUUUUCCAGAUUUGGAAUUUCCCAUAUGGUGUUGGACUUAAGGUAAAGAUAGGAGAGUUUAGCACAUAUUUUCCACAUAAUCAACAGCUGCAUUUAUAUGAAGACAUGAUAGAGCAGUCAACAGGAAGAAGACAGAUGCCACCCUCUGUGUGCAGUGCUGAUUGUGGUCCUGGAUUCAGAAAAUUCUGGCAGGAGGGAAUGGCAGCCUGUUGUUUUGAUUGCCACAGUUGCCCACAAAAUGAAGUUUCUAAUGAAACAAAUGUGGAUAAAUGUGUGAGGUGUCCAGAGGACCAGUAUGCCAACAGAGAGCAGAAACAGUGCAUUCCAAAAGCUGUGGUUUUUCUGAACUACAAAGAACCCUUGGGGAUGGUUCUUGCCUUAGUGGCUUCGUGCUUCUCUGCGUUCACAACUGUGGUUCUUGGGGUCUUUUUGAAACACCAUGACACUCCCAUUGUGAAGGCCAACAACCAGAAUCUCAGCUACAUCUUGCUUAUCUCACUCAUAUUUAGUUUCCUGUGUCCCUUACUCUUCAUUGGGCAUCCUAACUCAGCUACCUGUGUCAUGCAGCAAGUCACAUUUGGAGUUAUAUUCACUGUGGCUAUUUCUACUGUAUUGGCCAAAACAGUGACUGUGCUGUUGGCUUUCAAAGUCACAGCCCCUGGAAGAAGGAUGAGGUACUUCCUGGUUUCAGGGGCACCCAACUACAUCAUUACCAUCUUUACCCUCAUCCAAAUUAUUUUCUGUGUAAUCUGGUUGCGAUUUUCUCCUCCCUUUAUUGAAAAUGAUGCACUGUCUGAGCAUGGCCAAAUCAUCGUUGUGUGCAACAAAGGCUCAGUGAAUGCAUUUUAUUCUGUCUUGGGAUACCAUGGCUUCCUUGCCUUAGCAAGCUUCAUUGUGGCUUUCUUGGCCAGGAAUCUCCCUGACACAUUUAAUGAAGCCAAGUUGCUGACCUUCAGCAUGCUGUUGUUCUGCAGUGUCUGGGUCACUUUUAUCCCUGUCUAUCACAGCACCAAGGGUAAGGUCAUGGUGGUUGUGGAGGUCUUAUCCAUCUUGAUUUCCAGUGCAGGUCUACUGGGAUGUAUCUUUAUCCCCAAGUGCUACAUAAUUUUGUUAAGACCUGAGAGAAAUUCUACACAAGAGCUGAAAGAAAGAAAUUCUGUUCAAAAGUUGAGGGAGAAAAGAUCUUUUUGA